AUGGCCGUCGCAUCCAUUCAAGACCGCACCGCCGAGUUUAAGUCGGUCCUGGCGCAGGCUCAGCGUCGCCACAACCCCCCAAAGGUCGGAUCACAGAGGAGGUCGCUGUUGAGCGAUCCUCAAAAAGCCGCCGCAGAUGGCGACGCAACCCCUCGGCGGUCCGACUUUGCCCGGAAAGCCGCCGAGAUUGGACGCGGCAUCUCGGCGACCAUGGGCAAGCUCGAAAAGUUGGCGCAACUCGCCAAGCGUCGUACACUGUUCGACGACCGGCCAGUCGAGAUCAACGAGCUCACCUUUGUCAUCAAGCAAGACCUCUCCUCGCUGAACCAGCAAAUCGGAGCGCUCCAGACCGUAUCGAAGCAGCAGCACCCCAAGGCUGACCAGGAGGGCGAGCACAACAAAAAUGUCGUCUAUCUGUUACAAGGAAAGUUGACGGAUGUCUCGGUCAACUUCAAGGACGUGCUCGAGGCCCGGACCAAGAACAUCCAGGCGUCUAGGUCGAGGACGGAAAAUUUCAUCUCGUCCGUGUCACAGCAUGCUCAGCCGUCGCUGCCACAGUCGGCCUCACCCCUCUACGGCACGCCUAACCGAGCGUCCCCCGCCCCCGGCGCCGACACCCUUUCACUCAACCCCGUGGGCGACCAGCAGCUGAUGAUGAUGGAGGAGGCGCAGCCGACCAACACCUACAUCCAACAGAGAGGCGAGGCCAUCGAAGCCAUCGAAAAGACCAUCAGCGAACUGGGCAGCAUCUUUGGACAGCUGGCGACCAUGGUCUCGGAACAGAGCGACAUGAUACAGCGUAUCGACGCCAACACGGAAGACGUCGUGGACAAUGUCGAGGGCGCCCAGCGGGAGCUGAUGAAGUACUGGUCGCGCGUCUCGAGCAACAGGUGGUUAAUAGCCAAGAUGUUUGGCGUGCUGAUGAUAUUCUUCCUGCUCUGGGUCCUCGUCUCGGGCUAG